UUUCAUCGAGAAGAGUCCAGUGAAAAAGAUCUGGAAGAUGAACAUGCUAAUGACUCGUCUGAUGAAAUAACAAAUAAGCCUAUGAUCCAUCAAAAAAGAUCUGCUAAAAAUGAUUCAUCAACUUUGGAAAGUACCAGUAAAGAAGAUCUAGAGGAUGAAUAUGCUCAUGAUACAUCAGAUGAAGAAGAUAUUCGCAAUACUGUUGGCAACAUACCUAUGAAGUGGUAUGAUGAUUUCCCUCAUAUUGGUUACGAUAUUGAUGGGAAAAAAAUUAUGAAACCUGCAACAACAGAUGAAAUUGAUGAAUUUCUCAGUAAAAUAGAUGAUCCUAAUUAUUGGCGAACAGUGAAAAAUAAAAUGACUGGAGAGAAGGUAGUGUUAACUGAUGAAGAUCUAGAUAUUAUACAAAGAAUUCAGUCUGGCAACUUUCCAACUAGUGAACAGCAGUACGAGCCUUUUGAAGAUUUCUUUACUUAUGAGACUGCGAAACAUCCUGUUACAAAUGCACCACCUCACAAGAGAAGUUUCAUUCCUUCCAAAAUUGAGAAAGAAAAGGUAUCUAGAAUGGUGUAUGCUAUAAAAGCUGGCUGGAUAAAGCCUAGAGUUCCCAAAGAAGAGAAAGAUGAAUUUUAUAUGUUGUGGGAUAAGGAUGUUGCUGAAGAAUCGAAAAGAAUGCGUCAUUACAUUCCUGCACCUAAGCGAAAACUUCCAGGUCACGAGGAGUCUUACAAUCCACCUCCUGAAUUUCUUUUCUCAAAAGACGAAGAAGAAAACUGGAAACAACAGGAGGAGGAUGAAAGGAAACUUGAUUUCAUUCCUAAGAAAUAUUCCUCACUGCGAAAAGUACCUGCAUAUUCUAAUUUUAUCAGAGAAGCCUUUGAAAGAUGUUUGGAUCUUUAUUUAUGUCCAAGACAAAGAAAAAUGAGGGUAAAUGUUGAUCCGAAUGAUCUGCUUCCUCCUAUUCCUAAACCAAAAGAUUUACAACCUUUUCCUACUAUGUUGGCUAUUGUAUAUACUGGUCAUUCAGCACUGGUUAGAAACAUUACGGUUGAGCCGAGUGGGCAAUUUUUAGCUUCCGGAUCUGAUGAUCAAACCGUCAAGAUUUGGGAAAUAUUGACCGGUAGAUGUUUGCGUACUAUCAAUGUUGGUGGAACAAUUAAAAGCUUAGCUUGGUGUCCGAGUGAAGCCCUUAGUCUUAUUCUUGUUGCUGUCGAUGACAAAGUAUUUAUCAUCAACACUAAGUUAGGAGACAAAGUAGUCAUUAGUAAUACUGAUAGUGUGCUUAGUUCUUUGCCUGAAAAUUUGGAGGACAAAACUGUGACUUGGAGUUUACCUGACGAAAAACAGAAAGCUCUUGGAUUUAGGCUUAUCCUCAAUCAUGCAAAUAUUGUAAAACAAGUUGUGUGGCAUACAAAAGGAGACUAUUUCGCUACAGUUACUGCGGAAGAUUCUUUCAGAUCUAUAGUAAUUCAUCAGUUGUCAAAAUUUCGUUCUCAGGUGCCAUUUAAGAAACUGGGUGGAAAAAUUCAGUGUGUUACAUUUCAUCCUCUGAGACCUUUCUUUUUUGUUGCCACUCAGAAGCACAUAAAAAUGUAUAACCUCAUUAAACAGGAAAUGUCCAAGAAGCUGAUGGUUAAUUCGAAGCUGAUAUCAAGCAUGGCUAUUCAUCCUCAAGGUGAUAACCUUAUUGUUGGAAGUUAUGACUGUAAAGUAAAUUGGUUUGAUUUGGAGCUCUCUACUAAACCAUAUAAGACUUUCAGGCAUCAUAAAAAAGCAGUGCGCCAAGUAGUUUAUCACAGGCGGUAUCCACUUUUUGCAUCUACAUCCGAUGAUGGAUAUGUUAUCAUUAGUCAUGGAAUGGUAUACAGUGAUCUUCUUCAAAAUCCAACCAUCCAUUUUGUGAAAGCACUCAAAGGGCAUGAAAUGAGUCUGGACUGUUGUUUCCAUCCUCAGAGACCUUGGAUAUUUAGUGCAUCUGGCAACACAAUCAGACUUUAUUCUUAGUUUUAUUAUGGAAUUAUAAUUUUGUAAAUAAAAUUGUUUUUAUUUUUA